UUUUCUCGGUUACACUGUGCGUGCGCUCGUGCUUGGACAACAUCCAGUGGACAACAUGUCGCAGUAUUCCGGAAAGAUCACCUUCUUUGAAGGGAAGUGCUUCACUGGCAGGAAGCUGGAGGUCAGAGGUGACUGUGACAACUUCCAGGAUCGUGGCUUCAUGAAUAGGGUGAACUCCAUCCGCGUGGAGAGCGGCGCCUGGAUCUGCUUCGACCAUCCCGACUUCAAGGGCCAGCAGUACAUCCUGGAGCAUGGCGAGUACCCAGAAUUCCAGAGGUGGAACUCCCACAAUGACCACAUGGGAUCCUGCAAACCAGUCCGCAUGCACGGAGAACACUACCGUAUCGAGCUCUUUGAAGGAUGCAACUUCUCUGGUCAGUGUGUGGACAUCUGCGACGACUGUCCCUUCCUGCAGAGCCGUGGCCUGUCCAAGAACUGCAUCAACUCUGUCAGGGUGUACGGAGAUGGCGCCUGGGUGAUGUACGAGGAGCCCAACUUCCGAGGGCGCAUGUAUGUGGUGGAGCGCGGCCAGUAUUGCAGCCACAACGAGUGGCAGGCCCAGAACCCGAACAUCCAGUCCAUCCGCCGAGUGGUCAACUACUUCUAAACGCCAUCACCUCCUCACCUGCCGCAAAUAAACCAUAAAACUUUUUUUUUUUUUAAUCAAACACUUCCUGUGUGCUUUCUGUCAAUCCUCAGCCAACAACUUACUCGGAGCAAGUCCACUACUUUCACCACAAUAAAAGUCUGAGUGUUUCCUG